CUACUUCUUUACUUCGUUAUUUUCAGGCGAUUAUUCAGAUGGUAAACGCAGACGCCUAUCCGUGCGCAGGCAAAAGUGAAUAUGAUGACUGUGGAGACGGGCGUGUUUGUGUGUGUCCGAAUAAAAAUGUAGUCACUGAUGAAAAUAAUGGAGAAACGCCCUGCAACAAUCUCGUCUGUAAAUACCCCGAGUGCUAUUAUUUCACCGGCAGAAAUGUUCGCCCUCAAAUGGAUAGAGGUGCAGUAGUGUCAUGCGGUGAUACUGAUUGUAGGAGACAUUACGAACGCGUGGGUUGUGGUUUUUGCUGUCCUGUGGCCAAAGGAAUGUUUGCUAACUACAUGUAGUAUAAACCAACACUCUAGUAUAAACCAGCUAUUCGAUGUAAACAUUGCAAUGAACUGAUCAACAAGACUUGUAACAAUUGAAAUAAAAUAAUUUAGAAGCAUAAGUUCAUAUUUGUUGCUUUAAAGUCAUGAAAAAACCUUUACAUUGUAUGUCUUUCUUUAUGCCUGAAAGGAUGAAAGUAUUUCUAUUUAACCGUGUAAGAGAUAUGAUUAUAACCAAAUUCGAUACUAAUAAAGACACAUUUGGGGUUAAUUAUACCCACACAUAAUCACAUACAAAGCGUUUUGGAAAAUCUGUCCAAUUCUUCUUGUACUGGUAUUAGUUCCGAUAUUAAAUUUUGGUUCUUAGCUAC